AUGCCCAACGCCUCUUCCUGGAGUGCUAGCUCGCCUCUGCUGCUGCUCUGGGAGGACUCCUCCGGGACCCGCAUCUUCCUGUCGCUGCUCUACGCAGUCUUAGCUAUCUCAGGGACUUUAUCCAAUGUAAUGGUCAUCUAUUUAGUCUUCUCCUUCAAGAAGCUGCAGACAACCAGUAACGCCUUCAUUGUGAACGGCUGUGCGGCAGACCUAAGCGUGUGUGCCCUGUGGAUGCCCCAGGAGGCUGUGCUGGGGCUGCUGCCUCCCAACUCCUCCUCCCUUCGCUCGGCAGAGUACCGGCUGCUCCGAGGGGGGCUCCUCAGCCUCGGCCUCACCGUCUCCCUGGCCUCUCACCUGCUGGUGGCCUUCAACAGGUACGUGCUUAUCACCAAGCUGCCCAGCGUGUACCAGGCCCUCUACCAGCGGAGGCACACGGGCUGCAUGAUCGGGCUCUCCUGGGCCCUCGCCCUGCUCCUGGUCCCGCUGCUGCCUGGGCUCUGGACCCCGCGCUCUGCCCAGCAGCCGCCCCCGCGGCAGACGGACGGCAGCUCUCGCUACACCGCCCUGCUCCUCGCCCUGGCCGUGCUGGGCCAGACCGCGCUGCUGCUCCACUGCUACCUCGGCAUCGUGCGGCGAGUGCGGGGCAGCGCCAACAUAGUUGUAAAAAGCCGUCGAGCUGCUUUGUGGAAUCAGGUAGCUACAAUAAUAUGGGCCUCCACCAAAACUGGACAAUCAUUGCCCUAA